AUGAGUAUUGCUGUCACCGAAUUUUAUUAUGCACAUUUAUUACAACCAAAUGUAUGUGAUCGGCUUAUUUCAUUGUGUGUCUCACAUACAUUAGCUAUUGAUAAUGGUUUAUGGUUAGCAUCUAAUUUAUCUGCAUUUAUCAAUCUUCGUCAUUUAUCUUUAAUCGAUAUUAAACGUUCUUGUUUUGAAUUAAUGCUCAAUACAUCUACACCUAACACAUCUCUCGUCAUAUUUAACGUACAUUAUACAGAAUACUAUCAAGCUGCAUAUACAUUUAAAGGUGUAUCUGAGGGUGCAUAUUAUAAAAGAAUCUUUCGUUUAUUUCCUUUAUUACGUGUAUGUCGCCUUCGAUUCAGGCGGGAUAUAUACAACACUCUAGACACUCAAAUAGUUCUACCACUUAAUAAAACUUUUAUACCGAUUGAAACAAAUCAUUUACACUUACAAUCACUUGUACUUCGAGAAUGUUCACCAGCUUUUCUCUCACAUUUACUUGAAUAUUAUCCACAAUUGGAAGAACUCAGCUUUGAUCAAAGUACUCCUUGGCUACCUGAUAAACAUCCAUUAUUGAAUAAUUAUAAAAAUCAAAUGUUUCGUAUUGAUAAACGUUUGGUUCCUAAUCUACGUUGUCUUAAAAUAACAUUAAAAUAUGAUAUUAAUGCUAUGGAACUGCUUGAUAAAUUAUUUGAUCAUGAUGUUUUAUUUUCAUUGACAAAAUUCACAUUAGAAGGGAUAGUGACUGGACCUAAUGUUGUUUCCAAGUUAUUAUCAAUGCUUUGUCAUCAGUGUUCAUAUACAUAUAUUGUUAACUGGUUUGUGAAAACUACGAUAUCAUUAUCGAACGCAAGUAGUAUUUUGUUAAAUGCAUUGCAACAAUUGAAAGGACGAAUACCAAUCGAAUUAGAAUUAUUUUUAUAUAAUGAUAGUUAUUCUAUUAAAGCUUUCACAUUACCACGAAAGGAUAAAUAUUUAUGUGCUUAUACCUAUUUAAAUAAAAACAUUGUUCACGUACAAAGUCAUUGGUCAUGUACUUUAUCAACAGCUUUAAAUAAUCGUUUGACGUGUAUCAAUACAAUAGCAUUGAAUGCAUUAUGUUUAAUUGAUACUGAUACAGAAUUAUAUAUAUGGCAAGGAUGGAACGAUUUAUCUGAUGAUGAACUUGAUUUGCAACUUUAUAAUGCAAAUAUACAAGCUGGUAGUCCAAGAGAUAUACGUUUUACAGCUGAACGUCGUUGUGCUUUUCUUACAGCUGUUGAAUAUUGUAAAGCAAAAACUGGUUCAGCAACUGUUGAUUUACCUUGUUCUAUAGAAGGAAAAAAAUUAGAUCAAAAAGAUUCAGUUAUUGAUAUGCUUACAUAUUUAUGUCCUGAACAGUAUACUAUUGAAGAACUUCGAGCUCGUCCAUUACCAGAAGGUGUGAAUACAUCAAAAAUAGAAUUUUAUCUAUCGGAUGAUGAUUUUCAAAAAGAAUUUCGUAUGACUAAAGAUGAAUUUUAUGCUUUACCAUAUUGGAAACAAACAAAUAUUAAAAAGUCACUUGGUUUUUUCUAA